AUGGCCCCCGCCACCACCGGAUAUCCCGAGCCGACCCUCUGGCAAAAGCUCGACGUGCUCCCGGCCCUCGGAUCCCUUCUCGCCUCCGCCGCGUCGGCGCUGCUGACGGGAUGGCGACGCGGGCCCGACGCUGAGCCCUCGCUGUAUCUGCACGUCGUGUACGCGGCCGUGCGGAAGCUGGUCGUCCGGCUGUCCACGCCUCAGCAGCAGCAGCAGGCCAAGGCCUUCAACCUGCCCCAGCGCACCGUCGAGCUGGACCACGGCGCCAAGGGCCACUGGAUUGGAGACGCGGGCGCCAAACACGUCCUCGUCUGGUAUCACGGCGGCGGCUUCAACCUGCCCGCCCUCAGCGGCCACCUCGCCUACUUCAUCAAGCUCGUCCAGGCCCGCCCCGGCAACGACCUGGCCGUCUUCUUCCUCACGUACACCCUCGCCCCGACGGCCACGUACCCCACGCAGCUGCGGCAGGCCGUCCAAGCCCUGCGGCACGUCGUCCACGAGACGCGCCGCCGCCCCGCCCACGUCGUGCUCGGCGGCGACUCGGCCGGCGGCAACCUCGUCUGCGCCGUGCUGUCCCACCUGGCCCACCGCCACGACGACGUCGACGAGCUGCCGCUCAGCGAGCCCCUCGGCGCCGCCGUCAUGAUGGCCCCCUGGACCGCCCUGCGCCGCGGCGCCGUCCAGCUGAGCCCCCGCGGCGGCGCCGACAUCCUCGACCCCCCGGCCCUCGAGUACUGGGCCGCCAACUACACGGGCUCCCGGGCCCCCGACUACUACACCGACCCGUCGACCGCCCCGCCAGACUGGUUCCGCGGCCUGCCCGUGCGGAGCGUCCUCGUCCUGGCGGGCCAGAACGAGAUUCUCCUGCCCACCAUCGACGCCUUUGUCAAGACCCUCGAGGCCGGCUACGGCCCCGUCGAGUUCUACGUCGCCGAGAGGGAGGCGCACAUCGCGCCCUUUGUGAACCUCACCUUUUACCACGGCGCCCCGACCGGCCAGGGCACCAAGUUGCAGUCUUGGCUGGACGAGCGCGUGGCCUCGGGCAACGACACUCCCCAUUUGUGA